AUGGAGCGGCUGGUUGUGUGUAUGCUGCUGUGUGUACUUCUGUGUGCGGUGCUGGUGAAGGGCUACAACUGCCCCGGCCGCUGCAUCUGCCAGCACCUCUCCCCCACUCUGACUCUGCUCUGCGCUAAGACCGGUCUGCUGUUUGUGCCCCCAACCAUCGACCGCAAGACCGUGGAGCUGCGCCUUACAGACAACUUUAUCACCAUCAUCCGCAGGAAAGACUUUUUCAACAUGACCAGCCUGGUCCACCUCACCCUGUCCCGUAACACCAUCAGCCAGAUCACGCCCCACGCCUUCCUGGGCCUGCGCUCCCUACGAGCCCUCCACAUGGACGGCAACCGCCUCAGUGUCAUCAAGAGCGAUCACUUCAAAGGCCUGGUCAACCUCCGCCACCUCAUACUGGGAAACAACCAGAUCCACCACGUGGCCCAUACCUCCUUUGAUGAGUUUGUGUCAACCAUCGAGGACCUGGAUCUGUCCAACAACAACCUGAGGACCCUGCCCUGGGAGGAGAUAGGCAGGAUGAGCCACAUCAACACCCUCACCCUUGAUCACAACCUGAUCGAUCACAUCGGAGCUGGGACUUUCACGCUCCUCACCAAGCUGGUUCGUCUGGAUAUGACCUCCAACCGGUUGCAGAAGCUACCUCCGGACAGCCUGUUUCAGCACGCCCAGGUGCUGUCAGACGCCAAGAGCUCCAACCCGUCCUCCUUGGCAGUGAGCUUCGGGGGGAACCCUCUCCACUGUAACUGUGAGCUGCUGUGGCUCCGCAGACUGACCCGGGAGGAUGACCUGGAGACAUGCGCCUCCCCGGAGCACCUCAUGGACAAGUACUUCUGGUCCAUCCAGGAGGAGGAGUUCAUCUGUGAGCCCCCGCUCAUCACCAAGAACCUGUCCACCAAGCCCUACGUUAUGGAGGGCCAGGGGGUCACCCUCAAGUGCAAGGCCAUGGGAGACCCGGACCCGGCCAUCCACUGGCGCUUCCCCGACGGCAAGCUGGUGCACAACAAUUCCCGCACCAUCCUGUAUGACAACGGUACCUUGGACAUCCUCAUCACCACCCUGAAGGACAGCGGUGCCUUCAACUGUGUGGCCUCCAACGCUGCAGGUAUUGCCACAGCUGCCGUGGAGAUCAACAUGAUCCCGCUGCCCCUGUUCGUCAACAACACAUUGCACCACAUGCGCGAGGCCGAUCGGGGCCUCUCUGACAUCACCACCUCUUCCAAGUCAGGCAAUGACACCAAGGGCCAUGACAAGCACCAGGACAGGAGGGUGGUGGUGGCCGAGCUGACCUCCUCCUCAGCUGUGAUUCUCUUGUCCCUCCGAGCGUCCACAUCCCAGGCAAUCAGGAUGUACCAGAAUCCAUACAAACAGCAACUGCAAGAACGACACAGUCUGGUUUACAGGUACCAUGUUGGGGCUGGGGCUGGAAGAAUGUGAGCGCUGGGGCUGGAGGAAUUUGAGCGCUGGGGCUGGAGGAAUGGGAGUGCUGGGGCUGGAGGAUUGGGAGUGCUGGGGCUGGAGGAGUGGGAGUGCUGGGGCUGGAGGAAUGGGAGUGCUUGGGCUGGAGGAGUGGGAGUGCUGGGGCUGGAGGAAUGGGAGUGCGUGAGGAGGGGUGCUGGGCUGGAUGAUUGGAGAGUGGAGCUGCUGGGAUGGGAGUGCUGGGGAGGAUGGGAGUGCUGGGGCUGGAGGAGAGGUGGGUGGGAGUGCUGGGGCUGGGAGGAGUGCUGGGGUGAGUAGGGGAGUGCUGGGGAAUGGGUGCUGGCUGGAGGAGUGGGAGUGCUGGGCUGGAGGAAUGUAGCGCUGGGGCUGGAGGAAUGGGAGCGCUGGGGCUGGAGGAUUGGGAGUGCUGGGGCUGGAGGAAUGUGAGUGCUGGGGCUGGAGAAAUGGGAGCGCUGGGGCUGGAGGAAUGGGAGCACUGGGGCUGGAGGACUGGAGCUCGUGGAAAGGGUGUUUAGUUUAGUUUAUUAGGAUCCCCAUUUGCUACUGCACAUGCAGGAGCUACUGUUCCUGCGGUCCCCAUAAAACGUACAAAUACAUGACAAAGUACAGAACAGUUAUAGACAAGAACAUUCAAUUAAACAAAAAAAGGGGGUGCGGGUGGGGAUGAGGUUGUGGUGGUGGGGUGGCAGAGGGGGGGAGACGGUCUGAGCCAGCUCUGGAGACGGUCUGAGCCAUCUGGAAUGCCCAUCUGCUGAAUGGCAUGACAGUCCAUUAUAAUACAUCCAUAACUCCCAGAGCUGCAUAGGUGCUGUAUGAUUAACUAUGUCACUAAAUUUAAGUAAGCACACAAUUUAUUAUGGUUUUGGGAUAAAAGAGUGUAUAAACAGCCCAUAUGUUGGUUUUAAUAGAUACAAAUGAAUAGUAUGAUUUUACAUUUCCAGUUGUUAGCUCUAGGCCUAUGGGAAAACAAAGAUUACACGAUUAAGACAUACAGUAUCUCACAAAAGUGAGUACCCCCCUCACAUUUUUGUGAAUAUUUGAGUAUAUCUUUUCAUGUGACAACACUGAAGAAAUGACACUUUGCUACAAUGUAAAGUAGUGAGUGUACAGCUUGUAUAACAGUGUAAAUUUGCUGUCCCCUCAAAAUAACUCAACACACAGCCAUUAAUGUCUAAACCGCUGGCAACAAAAGUGAGUACACCCCUAAGUGAAAAUGUUCAAAUUGGGCCCAAAGUGUCAAUAUUUUGUGUGGCCUUAACUCUCUUGGGCAUGGAGUUCACCAGAGCUUCACAGGUUGCCACUGGAGUCAUCUUCCACUCCUCCAUGACGACAUCACGGAGCUGGUGGAUGUUAGAGACCUUGCACUCCUCCACCUUCCGUUUGAGGAUGCCCCACAGAUGCUCAAUAGGGUUUAGGUCUGGAGACAUGCUUAGCAGGUCCAUCACCUAUACUCUCAGCUUCUUUAGCAAGGCAGUGGUCGUCUUGGAGGUUUGUUUGGGGUCGUUAUCAUGUUGGAAUACUGGCCUGCGGCCCAGUCUCCGAAGGGAGGGGAUCAUGCUCUGCUUCAGUAUGUCACAGUACAUGUUGGCAUUCAUGGUUCCCUCAAUGAACUGUAGCUCCCCAGUGCCGGCAGCACUCAUGCAGCCCCAGACCAUGACACUCCCACCACCAUGCUUGACUGUAGGCAAGACACACUUGUCUUUGUACUCCUCACCUGGUUGCCGCCACACACGCUUGACACCAUCUGAACCAAAUAAGUUUAUCUUGGUCUCAUCAGACCACAGGACAUGGUUCCAGUAAUCCAUGUCCUUAGUCUGCUUGUCUUCAGCAAACUGUUUGCGGGCUUUCUUGUGCAUCAUCUUUAGAAGAGGCUUCCUUCUGGGACAGCGUAUGGUCUGAGCACUGACAGGCUGACCCCCCACCCCUUCAACCUCUGCAGCAAUGCUGGCAGCACUCAUACGUCUAUUUCCCAAAGACAACCUCUGGAUAUGACGCUGAGCACGUGCACUAAACUUCUUUGGUCGACCAUGGCGAGGCCUGUUCUGAGUGGAACCUGUCCUGUUAAACUGCUGUAUGGUCUUGGCCACCGUGCUGCAGCUCAGUUUCAGGGUCUUGGCAAUAUUCUUAUAGCCCAGGCCAUCUUUAUGUAGAGCAACAAUUCUUUUUUUUCAGAUCCUCAGAGAGUUCUUUGCCAUGAGGUGCCAUAUUGAACUUCCAGUGACCAGUAUGAGGGAGUGUGAGAGCAAUGACACCAAAUUUAACACACCUGCUCCCCAUUCACACCUGAGACCUUGUAACACUAACGAGUCACAUGACACCGGGGAGGGAAAAUGGCUAAUUGGGCCCAAUUUGGACAUUUUCACUUAGGGGUGUACUCACUUUUGUUGCCAGCGGUUUAAAGUUGGCAUUAACAUUAAAGUUAUUUUGAGGGGACAGCAAAUUUACACUGUUAUACAAGCUGUACACUCACUACUUUACAUUGUAGCAAAGUGUCAUUUCUUCAGUGUUGUCACAUGAAAAGAUAUACUCAAAUACUUACAAAAAUGUGAGGGGUGUACUCAAUUUUGUGAGAUACUGUAUGACUUGGCCUUUAGAGAGUAAAUAUACCCUUUUGUCUCAAUAUUAUCCAGCUUCAGCAGGCACUAUCACAUCCUAGUCCUUAACCCCAACCCAACAAUAACCCCAUCCCUUACCAUAAUCCCAAUAGGACAUCAUUGUGCCUAGGACACCCGUGAGUCCGAUUGUGGGGCAUGAGCUUGUUUUCUAUCUGCUGCAGUUGGAGGCUUCUCCCAUUUGAAUAACUGUCAGUGGAACAUUAGGGCAACCUUGUUUAAUAUGAUGGAUAUUACAACAUGUAAUUUAUUCUACAUUGAUGAAUGACUCAUGUCUACUCCAUUUCACUAAACACAUACAAGGUGAUGAGCUGCUAUUUAGCACCAAUUAAGUAGUCAACCAUAGAGUAAUAAUAGGUUUGGUUGCAUCGCAUUGAUAAGUAAAAGCACAAUGGGUCAAACAAACUUCAUAUUGUAAAUACAGAGAUUAUUAUAGCAAUGUCACAUGUAUAGCUGAUAAUUUGACAAAUAAAUAUUAUAUUAAUACCAGAAUGGGAAUUUUAAACCAAAGUCUUUGCGUAUAGCCUAUAGCCAAAUGUGAAUUGCAGAAAGUUGUUGUACUGUCACGCUCGUUUACAGACGGGACGGACCAAGGCGCAGCGUGAUAUGCAUACAUGUUUAUUUAUACUGAAUAAACACCACGACAAAACAACAAAUGAAACGAAACGUCCAAGGUAGACAAACAACAUACCUCACACGGAACAAGAUCCCACAACCCACUAGUGCCAAUAGGCUGCCUAAGUAUGGUCCCCAAUCAGAGACAACGAGCGACAGCCGCCUCUGAUUGGGAACCACACCGGCCAACAUAGACCUAGACAUAAUAGAAACUACAACAUAGACAUACACAACAUAGAAACUACGCACCCUGACUCAACAUAUACGAGUCCCCUGAGUCAGGGCGUGACAGUACCCGCCCCCCCCAAAGGUGCGGACUCCGACCGCGCAACAUAAACAUAACAGGGUAGGGGCCCGGUGGGCAUUCCGCCUAGGAGGCGGAUCCGGCUCAGGGCGUGACGACCUCUCACUCUUCGCCUCCCUGUUGCGCCCCUGGUCUGGUCUAGACCUCGGCGCGUUGCUUCCCCUCUCCUUCCUCCCACGAUACGCCAGGCCCAGUCUGGACCCUGGUGUGGGAGACCCCGAACCUGGAGAGGGGCUGACGUCUGGGUCUGGACCGGAGCCGCUGACCGGAGCUGGACCGGGCACCGGUGGAGCGGACUGCACAGGCUCCGGACUGGAGCCGCUGGCCGGAGCUGGCCUGGGCACCGGUGGAGCGGACUGCUCUGGCUCCGGAGUGGAGCCGCUGACCGGAUCUGGACUGGACCCCAGUGGAGCGGACUGCUCUGGCUCCGGAGUGGAGCAGCUGACCGGUGCCGGACCAGGCACCGGUGGAACAGGCACGGGCCGUGCUGGACUGGACACACGCACCACUGGCUUGGUGUGGGGAGCAGGAACGGGCCGUACCGGACUGGCGACGCGCACCACUGGCCUGGUGCGGGGAGCAGGAACAGGCCGGGCCGGGCUGGCGACGCGCACCACUGGCUUGGUGCGAGGGGCAGGAACAGGCCGGACCGGGCUGGCGACGCGCACCACAGGCUUGGUGCGAGGGGCAGGAACAGGCCGGGCCGGGCUGGCGACGCGCACCACUGGUUUGGUGCGAGGGGCAAGAACAGGCCGGGCCGGGCUGGCGACGCGCACCACUGGCUUGGUGCGAGGGACAGGAACAGGCCGGACCGGGCUGGCGACGCGCACCACUGGCUUGGUGCGAGGGGCAGGAACGGGCCGGGCCGGGCUGGCGACGCGCACCACUGGCUUGGUGCGAGGGGCAGGAACGGGCCGGGCCGGGCUGGCGACGCGCACCACUGGCUUGGUGCGAGGGGCAGGAACGGGCCGGGCUGGCGACGCGCACCACUGGCUUGGUGCAAGGGGCAGGAACGGGCCGGACCGGGCUGGCGACGCGCACCACUGGCUUGGUGCGAGGGGCAGGAACGGGCCGGGCCGGGCUGGCGACGCGCACCACUGGCUUGGUGCGAGGGGCAGGAACGGGCCGGACCGGACUGGCGACACGCACCACUUGCUUGGUGCGAGGAGCGGGACUGGGUUCCUUUAUUAACCCCCGCUCCUUCUGCUGCCUAACCAGCUCCUCUCGCCGUGCCUCUACACUUUCCUUCUCCCUUUUAGCCUCCUGUAGCACCUCCCUCUGACCGAAUAACUCCUGCUCCCUCUGAACCAAUAGCCCCCGUAACAUGGUGGCCUCCUCUCCUAACCUGCAGAUCCGCCCUUUAACGGCCUCCUGCUGCCUCGUCGUCCACACCUUGUGCCCCCCCCAAAAAAAAUUUCUUGGGGUUGCCUCUUGGGUCUCCGUCGUCGGCACUGUUGGUGCCGUUUCUCCUCUCCUACCUGGGCAUCCUCCUUCAUCGCCUUCCGGUAACGGACGGCAUCCUCCUCCGUAAUUCUCCCCCAACCGAGGAGGACAUCUACUAAUGUAACCUCCUGUUUAAUUCCCGGCGUUUGCUCCUGAACACGCUGCUUGGUCCUCGUUUGGUGGGAUCUUCUGUCACGCUCGUUUACAGACGGGAUGGACCAAGGCGCAGCGUGAUAUGCAUACAUGUUUAUUUAUACUGAAUAAACACCACGACAAAACAACAAAUGAAACGAAACGUGAAGUCCAAGGUAGACAAACAACAUACCUCACACGGAACAAGAUCCCACAACCCACUAGUGCCAAUAGGCUGCCUAAGUAUGGUCCCCAAUCAGAGACAACGAGCGACAGCCGCCUCUGAUUGGGAACCACACCGGCCAACAUAGACCUAGACAUAAUAGAAACUAAAACAUAGAAAUACACAACAUAGAAACUACGCACCCUGACUCAACAUAUACGAGUCCCCUGAGUCAGGGCGUGACAGUACCCGCCCCCCCCCAAAGGUGCGGACUCCGACCGCGCAACAUAAACAUAACAGGGUAGGGGCCCGGUGGGCAUUCCGCCUAGGAGGCGGAUCCGGCUCAGGGCGUGACGACCUCUCACUCUUCGCCUCCCUGUUGCGCCCCUGGUCUGGUCUAGACCUGGGCGUGACAUGUACCUAUGUGAUUUGCUGUAGAAUAGAUUAAUAUAAUAGCUAUAUACAGUUCUUGAGAUCUAUGUUUCAAUUAGUGUAGGUUCCAUUUCCUUAUAUUCAACAUAAAUUCAUGAUGAGGAAUAUUGUAGAACUGACUAUUGCAAAGUGGGCACUCUAAUGCCAGGGUUAUAGAGUUGAUACAGGGAAUUAAAUCAUUAAUUUCAGUCCGUCUUAAAUGAGCUACAGUGCAUUCGGAAAGUAUUCAGACCCUUUGACUUUUUCCACAUUUUGUUACGUUAUAGUCUUAUUCUAAAAUUGAUUAAAUUGUAUUUUUUCCUCAUCAAUCCACACACAAUACCCCAUACUGACAAAGCAAAAACAGGUUUAGAAAUUUUUGCAACAAAAAAAUAAUAAUAAUAACUGAAAUAUCACAUUUACAUAAGUAUUCAGACCCUUUACUCAGUACUUUGUAGAAGGACCUUUGGCAGCGAUUACAGCCUCAUGUCUUCUUGGGUAUGACGCUACAAGCUUGGCACACCUGUAUUUGGGGAGUUUCUCCCAUUCUUCUCUGCAGAUCCUCUCAAGCUCUGUCAGUUUGGAUGGGGAGCGUCGCUGCACAGCUAUUUUCAGGUCUCUCCAGAGAUGUUCGAUCGGGUUCAAGGCCGGGCCCUGGCUGGGCCACUCAAUGACAUUCAGAAACUUGUCCCGAAGGCCACUCCUGCGUUGUCUUGGCUGUGUGCUUAGGGUCGUUGUCCUGUUGGAAUAUGAACCUUUGCCACAGUCUGAGGUUCUGAGCGCUCUGGAGCAGGUUUUCAUCAAGGAUCUCUCUGUACUUUGCUCCGUUCAUCUUUCUCUCUAUCCUGACUAGUCUCCCAGUCCCUGCUGCUGAAAAACAUCCCCACAGCAUGAUGCUGCCACCACCAUGCUUCACCAUAGGGAUGGUGCCAGGUUUCCUCCAGACGUGAAGCUUGGCAUUCAGGCUAAAGAGUUCAAUCUUGGUUUCAUCAGACCAGAGAAUCUGGUCUGAGAGUCUUUAGCUGCCUUUUGGCAAACUCCAAGCGGGCUGUCAUGUACGUUUUACUGAGGAGUGGCUUCUGUCUGGCCACUCUACCAUAAAGGCCUGAUUGGUGGAGUGCUGCAGAGAUGGCUGUCCUUCUGGAUGGUUUUCCCAUCUCCACAGAGGAACUCUGGAAUUCUGUCAGAGUGACCAUCUGGUUCUUGUUCACCUCCCUGACCAAGGCCCUUCUCCCCCGAUUGCUCAGUUUGGCCGGGCGGCCAGCUCUAGGAAGAGUCUUGAAGGUUCCUAACUUCUUCCAUUUAAGAAUGAUGGAGGCCACUGUGUUCUUGGGGACCUUCAAUGCUGCAGACAUUUUUUGGAACCCUUCCCCAGAUCUGUGCCUCGACACAAUCCUGUCUCUGAGCUCUAUGGACAAUUCCUUCGACCUCAUGGCUUGGUUUUUGCUCUGACAGGCACUGUCAACUGUGGGACCUUAUAUAGACAGGUGUGUGCCUUUCCAAAUCAUGUCCAAUCAAUUGAAUUUAACACAGGUGGACUCCAAUCAAGUUGCAGAAACAUCUCAAGGAUGAUCAAUAGAAAUACGAUGCACCUGAGCUCAAUUUCGGGUCUCAUAGCAAAGGGUCUGAAUACUUAUGUAAAUAAGAUAUUUCCGUUUUUUAUUUUUAAUACAUUUGCACAAUAAGGCUGUAAUGUAAAUGUUCUUAGAAAAAGUUAAGGGGUCUGAAUACUUUCCGAAUGCUGUAUGUGCUAACACUGCCAUUUUGUAUUACUCAUUCCAAUACCCUUAUUGAAUUGAGAGUACGUAAGCCUAUUUGAUGUGUGUCUAUUUGACCCCGUGUGCACCACUGCACUAGCAGGGCAGGAAUUAGAAGUUUAGAGCUGUUGUUGUUGGUUGACUUUGCUAUUUUUAUCGCUUCUGAUUUAAUUAGCUAUUCUCCUGUAUAAUGUUCUCCCCCAUGUUUAAACAGCGACCUGUGUUGUUUAGUCUUUAGGUGAUACAUUAUUACCUACAAGUGAGAACCAUCAAAGUGUUCCUUGAGGGGAAAAUGACCAUGUUUCUAAUUAUAUUAACACAGAUGUCGGCCUAAAGACAAUUUCUUUCUCCUUCAUGUUCACUGACAAUGUGUUUAUUUCACACAACAUCAAACUUGUCUUCGCACCAUUGGCAUUUGGCCAGAAGCCUGCAUUGUCCUUCCCUGUAGAUGUUGUGACAUAUACAGUAUAUAUACACUGGUCAAAAAAAUAAAGGGAACACUAAAAUAACACAUCCUAGAUCUGAAUGAAUGAAAUAAUCUUAUUAAAUACUUUUUUCUUUACAUAGUUGAAUGUGCUGACAACAAAAUCACACAAAAAUUAUCAAUGGAAAUCAAAUUUAUCAACCCACGGAGGUCUGGAUUUGGAGUCACCCUCAAAAUUAAAGUGGAAAACCACACUACAGGCUGAUCCUGAUGAGGUGGCGGAUGGUCUCCUGAGGGAUCUCCUCCCAGACCUGGACUAAAGCAUCCGCCAACUCCUGGACAGUCUGUGGUGCAACGUGGCGUUGGUGGAUGGAGCGAGACAUGAUGUCCCAGAUGUGCUCAAUUGGAUUCAGGUCUGGGGAACGGGCGGUCCAUAGCAUCAAUGCCUUCCUCUUGCAGGAACUGCUGACACACUCCAGCCACAUGAGGUCUAGCAUUGUCUUGCAUUAGGAGGAAGCCAGGGCCAACCGCACCAGCAUAUGGUCUCACAAGGGGUCUCAGGAUCUCAUCUCGGUACCUAAUGGCAGUCAGGCUACCUCUGGCGAGCACAUGGAGGGCUGUGCGGCCCCCCAAAGAAAUGCCACCCCACACCAUCACUGACCCACCGCCAAACCGGUCAUGCUGGAGGAUGUUGCAGGCAGCAGAACGUUCUCCACGGCAUCUCCAGACUCUGUCACGUCUGUCACAUGUGCUCAGUGUGAACCUGCUUUCAUCUGUGAAGAGCACAGGGCACCAGUGGCGAAUUUGCCAAUCUUGGUGUUCUCUGGCAAAUGCCAAACGUCCUGCACGGUGUUGGGCUGUAAGCACAACCCCCACCUGUGGACGUCGGGCCCUCAUACCACCCUCAUGGAGUCUGUUUCUGACCGUUUGAGCAGACACAUGCACAUUUGUGGCCUGCUGGAGGUCAUUUUGCAGGGCUCUGGCAGUGCUCCUCCUGCUCCUCCUUGCACAAAGGAGGUAGCAGUCCUGCUGCUGGGUUGUUGCCCUCCUACGGCCUCCUCCACGUCUCCUGAUGUACUGGCCUGUCUCCUGGUAGCGCCUCCAUGCUCUGGACACUACGCUGACAGACACAGCAAACCUUCUUGCCACAGCUCGCAUUGAUGUGCCAUCCUGGAUGAGCUGCACUACCUGAGCCACUUGUGUGGGUUGUAGACUGCGUCUCAUGCUACCACUAGAAUGAAAGCACCGCCAGCAUUCAAAAGUGACCAAAACAUCAGCCAGGAAGCAUAGGAACUGAGAAGUGGUCUGUGGUCACCACCUGCAAAACCAGUCCUUUAUUGGGGGUGUCUUGCUAAUUGCCUAUAAUUUCCACCUGUUGUCUAUUCCAUUUGCACAACAGCAUGUGAAAUGUAUUGUCAAUCAGUGUUGCUUCCUAAGUGGACAGUUUGAUUUCACAGAAGUGUGAUUGACUUGGAGUUACAUUGUGUUGUUUAAGUGUUCCCUUUAUUUUUAUUUUGAGCAGUGUAUAUAAUGAUGGCUUGUUUGUCACCAUGCUGUUUAACCUUUGCCAUCAUAGUAUACAUAAAAUGCUGGGGGAGUCAUUUCUCUCUGUCACCCUGUAACAUUGUCUAGAAGUCAAGUGUCAGCACUGUUGUCUUUACUUGGGCCCCAAAUAUAUGGGAGAUAUUUAAAGCCUAACUGGAGUUGAACUAAGUUGGCAUGGCUGUCUUUUUUCAGUGUUUUUUCAAACACUUUUGUGUCAGGUUAUCACUUCUUAUGUGCAUGCCGUUAAUGGGAAUGCAAUGUGACACUGUCUGACACUCUUUUGUUCCAUACAGUAUAUUGGUGGUAAUUGAGGGGGGCAGUCAAUACUGCCCUGGCAAAGCUAACCUUCACCACUCCUGUGUAUUCCUUCCUUUUUUCUGCAGAAUGAUCCCGUCCACCAGUAAGACCUUUCUGAUCAACGACCUGGCGGCAGGGCGUGAGUAUGACCUGUGUGUCCUGGCAGUGUACGACGACGGCAUCACCUCUCUGACGGCCACGCGCGUGGUGGGCUGCGUCCAGUUCCACACGGCCAGUGAGGUCAGCCAGUGCCGCUUCAUCCACAGCCAGUUUCUGGGCGGCACCAUGAUAAUCAUCAUUGGCGGCAUCAUUGUGGCCUCAGUGCUGGUAUUUAUCAUCAUCCUCAUGAUCCGCUACAAGGCCCACAGCUGCCCAGAGGACAGCAAGGUCAAGGUCAGCUCCAGCAUGCACUCCCAGACCAACGGCAGCCAGCACAGACUCCAGCGCUCCACCUCCAAACAGCCUGCUGAGGACAGCCACCAGAGAGAAGCCCUACCGGUUGCAGCCAAGGAGUGCAUGGCCCUGGUGCUGAAGGUGGACAGUGACAAGAAGGAGUGGGACACCCCUCUGGCCACCACAGCCAUCCUGGAAGUGGAGCUGCCCCCCCUGCCCACGGACAAGGUGAAGAGGACCAGCCUGGACGCACAGCGCUCUGGAUCUGGCCCCCCGUCGGAGGACACACAGACAGACAGCAGCCUGACGGGCUCCACCAUGUCCUUGUGUCUCCUAGGCCCCAACGCCGGCACCAAGGAGGCCCCCAGGCUCAAGGACAAGAAGAGCGCCCUGGCCAACAUGGGGUUUAAUAACGAGCUGGCACGAACUAGGCACAGGUUCAGCUUUGACGGGGGAGACUACUCCAUAUUUCAGAGCCACAGUUACCCCCGCAGAGCGCGGACGAGGCGGCACAAGUCUACAAACCAGCUCAACGUGGAGUCCUCGCCGCUGGCCAACCGGAGAGUCACUUUCAGCAGCACUGAAUGGAUGCUGGAGAGCACAGUGUAAGAGAUACAGCCUGGCCUCUCUGGCUCUCUCAAAGACACACACACACCAACAGUUUGACACAUACACCCUCAUGCAUACACAUUUACACAUCUAACAAAUACAGUUACAUGCAUACACACACAGACUCUCAGAGAGUUGCUGGAGAAGAACACAGUCUCCUUCCAUCCUGCCUCCCGUCAUAUUCCCAGAGCGACAGAGAGUUGUCGGCCAUUUCAUUAUUUUAUGCAGCAGUGCCUUAUUCUAAAAUAUGUACGAAUGGAGGAUGCUGCUCGCUGUAGUCAUAAACCUUCCUUUCUAUCAUGGUUUCCCCCUGUUUCAUGGGGAGUGUUGCUUUUUUUCUAUGACUUUCCAAGGGGUGGGGCAAAUGUGACUUUUCCUUUUAAUGUUAAAAAAAAAAACAUCACACUGUAAAGUGAACAACCAGGUAUUCCGUAUGUUGAUCAUCCUUUGGGUUCUUUCAAAGACUUUUGCACACGAAGACACGACGAUAUGAGGACAAGUAUCACACCAGUCUAUACAAUAAUAAAAAGAUUAUAGAUCUAUACACAUGCCGAUUUCAAAUGUUAGUAUAAAGAGGAUGGACCUGAUAAACCUGUGGAUUCCUCCAUGCUGGUUGGACUGUAUGAUAUUACUUGGUAUUGUUCCUGAUGUGACUGUAUGAUAUUAAUCGGUAUUGUAUCUGGCUGGUCUAGAUAAAAAGACAACAAAAAAAUACAUAUAGAAGUAUAUUAAAAACAUUGGUGUAUGUGUACUAAUAACUAUGUAAGUAAGUCAUAUGUCCCAACUUUUUACUGAGCAUUUGAGUGUUGGUCACAAGUUUUUACAUUAAAAAUCUGUGUCAUCACACUUCCCCCUAUUUAGUAUGACAUGGUUUGGACCACUUAUCCCUUAUGAGAGGGUAUUAAAUUUUUUGUGUGGGUUAACUGUACCGGUUGUGCACUGUGUCCUUUUCUUAUGGUCAUCCUGGAUCCUUUCAUCAAUGUCAUGAAAGCUGCUUGCACAUGGAUCAGUGAGAAGGUCUAUAUGCAUGAAGGCAUGUAUCUUAUCAUAUAUUAAGAUAUAUCAUAUCUUGUGCCUGUUGAGACAAACUUGUGGGAGACUUCAGGGGUCUCAAAGGAAGCUGUUCUGAAAGUAUACAAUCAUCAGGUCGGAAAAAAAAAGUUGUUUUAUUUGUCACAAAUAAAUUAUUUAUUCUGAUGUUGAAUCCAAAAUAAUACAUUCUUUAUUCUGAUGUUGAAUUCAGAAGAAGCCAUGAGUAAUUAAAUCCUCAGGGUCUACUACACUGAUUGAGCCACCAGGUGGAGACAACGGGCAAUAGAUACAGGAUAAUAGACACUGUAGGCCUCCUAGUCUUUUCACUAAAUAAUACAUUAACCUUGUACAGCGUGAUGAUCAUUAAGGAGAAAGGAAUGAACUUGAAAAGAUACCUUCUAGCAGUGGCCUGCUCUCUACAUUACAAUGAAACUCAAACCAGUUUUAGACAAUAGCACCUUUUUCAGCAGGUCUCUUAAAGGAGUUUAAAUAGAAAUUUCCAAAUGUACAAAUUCUCAUUCAGUGCUGAUCUAUUCCAUUUUCUUGCACAUUGCAUCUGCAGUGAGUACUGUAGAAACUGAACACUAGAGGGAAACGGUACAACAUUUUUACAAUGUUCUAUUGUAAAUGAUACCCAGUUAUGGACAUAUUCAACCAAAGGGGCAUAUGGAAGCAAUAUUUCAUGUAGAAUUGGAUGCAUGAAGAGUACAAUUCAUGCUCUCAAGCUCAUGGAAUAGAAAGGCUAUAGGCCUACUGAGAAGAAUAGUAAAUGAUAGUCAUGUAGAUAUCCUGUAGUCAAAACAAGACAUGAGAUUCAUGUGAUAUGUCCUUCAUGUCUAAACGUGUGGUGUGAUAACUAGAGCACAUUUUCAAAAAACAACAAAAUAUGCUUUUUAUUUUUCAAUGUUGUCCCACCUGACAUUCCGUUAAAUCCUGACUACCAUAAAUUACAAAAGUUGUAAAAAUAAAUACAGAAUAAAAAAGCAGAAACUCACUAACUGUAAGUCACUCUGGAUAAGAGCGUCUGCUAAAUGACUAAAAAAUGACUAAGCUAGGACACUAUGAGACAAGGUUCUACAGUCAAUCAGUUUGUCAAGAGGUGGAAUUAGGUGGCUUUCCUUGAGUCCAUAUUUGUGCAGUGUCAGCUCACUAUCUGAGCACUGCAGCAGCACAAGUAAAAGAAGAAGAGGUGAGGUAUUGCUGAAUGCCCUAGGGGAGGAGAACACAGGUUUGUGCUCAGCAGUACACAGAAAGAGAAGUACAACACAGAGGAAGGUCGUAAAGGGAAGAAGAGCGAUAUGCUUUCCCCUGCCAGUAGGUCUGUUCAAAAGUUGUAUUUGUACUUUAGCCAAUUCCUCGGUUGCCUUGUCGUUGGAUAAAUCACAAACAUCUCUAGCAACUAGCUAUGGUGAUGGCCGUGUUCACAAGAAAUCUAGUGGGAAACAUUGGACACUAAAGUGGAAGUGGGGUGUAACUGAAUGCUUCGCACCACCCCUUUUCAGCAACUGAAAGGGGCUGGGCAGUAUGAGGGUACAGGUUACUCGCUGCCAACGGAAAAAGGUUCAAUCCUCAGAACUGUGCUCCGAUUUGUCCUCUCCUGCUUUCCAGUUUUUCCUCCUCUUCUUGUGUGACUCUGGUCCUGAGUCUCUGUGGGAGUCCCUCUGUCGUUUCCUCCUUCUACCUCUCUCCUCAUCAUUGUCCUCCGAGCUGCUCUCCUCCUCUCUUCCUCUCUCACUAUUUUUCCUCUUAUGUUUGCUCUUGCUGCUUUUCCUCUUCUGUUUCUGUUUGACACCGUCGCUCUUGUCGCUGCUGGACUCACUGUCUGACUCACCUGUCCUCCUUCGCUUUUCCUCUUCCUUCUUUUUCUUCUUCUUCGAGGAUUUCUUCAAAUGUUUUGAUUUGGCUGUUUUAAGUCUGGACUUAGUAUUUUUCUUUCUGCAAAUCACAUUCUGGUCAUCACCACGGCCUCUUUCCCUGAAACGACAAAUCAGGCAUUAUAACAAUGCAACAUUUAUUGUAUUGAAGCAAAUAGUGAGAUCCUUACUACAGCUACUACUGUUAUGAGUCAUGGUAUUUCAUGUUAAUGCAGUUCAUGUCUUACCAGUCACUUUUAAACUCAUCUGGAUAUAGCUCCUUAAAACCACUGUGUCCCCAUCUGUAGAGGAAACAUGCACAGUACCAAUGACAUCCACCUUUCAUAGCAUGUCGUCGUUUGUCAACUCAAACACAAACUUAUGAACUCACAAGGCUAUAAUACUACAGAGUUGUAGAUAGAAAAGGGAUGCACCUGUCUGGAUCAUUGGCCUCGAAGUCAUAGAGUUUCUUGGUCCAGUAGCGUGCCUCCCUCUCGUCCUGGCCAGAGCUGUGUUCUCUUCUCUGCAGCCGGUCUCCCAGUCGGUCUACAGACCCAUCCUCCACAUGAUCACAGUGCAUGUGACUCCUGAGGAAUAG